CUUUCAUAGUUUGUUGGCCUAAAAUAGCGGUUGGGGCGGUGAAUGACAUUUGAUGAGCUUUUAAGGACGGGCAUGGGCUUUCUUCCGAGCAUUGUCAACCGUUAGGAAAUGUUAUGGGGAUGAAGCGGGUGAUGCUGACUUAGCAUCGAAAACCGGGGACUUUUGGGGAUUUCGUCCUUUCUCUGUCCCUUUUUCUCGCUGUAUAUAAAUAGAUGGCAACGGCUUCUUUAAUACAAGUUCCAUCUGGGUAUUCACCGAGAUUUAGUAAUAGCUUCAGAAAUGGAGCUUAUGGAGUACCUCUCGGUUCCAACUCGUAUUCACCGUCUUCUUCUUGCUGUUCUUGCUGUUCGUCUCAGGGACUGAAUUUCUCUUCUGGUAUAAAUAGUUACUGGAAAAACCAAGGCCUUAACGCUCAAGCUAUGAAUACUGCAACUCAAGGAAAUUCUGCAUCAACGAGGGAAAUUGUGAAAGGGAAUAGUGAACCAGAUCAUCUUCUUGUUCUUGUUCAUGGCAUCUUGGCUAGCCCAAGUGACUGGACAUAUGUAGAAGCAGAGUUGAAAAAGCGUCUUGGAAAAAACUUUCUAAUUCAUGCAAGUGAAUCUAACACCUAUACUAAAACCUUUUAUGGGAUCGAUGGAGCAGGAAAGCGACUGGCAGAUGAAGUUAUGCAAGUCGUGAAGAAGACAGAUAGUUUGAAAAGAAUUUCUUUUUUGGCUCAUUCUCUUGGUGGCUUGUUUGCAAGAUAUGCUAUGGCUGUCCUUUAUUCAGAGAAUGCCUUAAGUACUAGUGAAUCCAACGAUCAUGUUGAUUCUACACUUCCGAACUCCGCAAGACGAUGUGCAAUUGCUGGAUUGGACCCAAUCAAUUUUGUUACUCUGGCAACUCCACAUCUUGGAGUGAGAGGAAGAAAGCAGCUUCCAUUUCUCUUGGGAAUUCCCAUUCUAGAGAAACUUGCUCCACAAAUGGCUCCUAUUUUGGCGGGUCUAACUGGUAGUCAAUUGUUUCUUACUGAUGGUAAACCUGAAAAGCCACCACUUCUUUUAAGAAUGGCAUCAAAUUGUGAAGAUGGAAAAUUUUUAUCUGCCCUUGGCGCAUUUAGAUGUCGUACCCUCUAUGCAAAUGUAUCAUUUGAUCAUAUGGUUGGCUGGCGGACGUCCUCCAUAAGGAGAGAAAAGGAACUUGUUAAGCCUCCUCAACGAUCUUUGGAUGGUUACAAGCAUGUAGUAGAUGUUGAGUAUUGUCCACCAAUCUCAUCUGCUGCCCCUCAUUUUCCUCCAGAAGCCGCUAAAGCAAAGGAGGCCGCACAAAGCAAACCCAAUGUGCAAAACACAACGGAGUAUCAUGAGAUCAUUGAAGAGGAAAUGAUACACGGGUUACAGCGGUUGGGAUGGAAAAAGGUCGACAUCAGCUUUCACUCAGCGUUCUGGCCCUUCUUUGCCCAUAACAACAUACAUGUAAAAAAUGAAUGGCUUCACAAUGCUGGCGCUGGUGUAAUAGCUCAUGUUGCAGACAGCUUCAAGCAGCAAGAAUGCUCCUCGCUAAUGACUGCUAGCUUGUAGCUCAUAGGUACCAUACGCUAGUUCAAUUGUAGUUGUAGUUGGAACUAUUAGUGAAUAUUAUUUUAGCUUUUUCAGCUUAUGCUUAUAGUCUAUUAAAAAUUUCUGAAGUAAAUGCAGCAAAUAAGCACAAAACAGUCAACUCAGUCGAUUUCAAUAUCAAAAGGGAAAGUUUAUACUC